CGUGUCGCUUGUCAUCACUUGUCAUCUCGCUCCGGCUCGUCGUUUCGAUCGGCUAAAUUCUUUCAGUGAACGCGGCCGCGUCGGCCUACGCCCCGAGAUUCAGUGUCGGUAAACGCGUCGUCGAAGCGUCUCGCCGGGCGCCGUCUGGUGCCGGGCGCGAUGGUGUCGCUCGCACACGGUGACUGAUUCGACUCACACGGUUCCGAUCAGUUCCGUGCAUUCAAUAUGGCUGGUCGAGGUGGUUACGACGAUUCAAGAGAUUACCCUACUCAUCGAAGUAGAAAACCGUUGCCAACAGAACCUCCAUAUACUGCAUAUGUGGGAAAUUUGCCGAAUGGAAUUGUGCAAGGCGACGUUGACAAAAUCUUCGAGAAGCUCAAUGUCAAAGUCAUCAGACUGGUUAAAGACAGAGACACUGACAAAUUUAAAGGCUUUUGCUAUGUCGAGUUUGAAGACUUGACCGAUCUAGAGGCGGCAUUGGAAAUGGAUGGGGCAGUAGAAGUUGACAAAUGUCUGAUCAAAAUUGAUGUAGCGGAAGGAAAAAGAAACGACCGCGGUGGCGGCUUCGACAGGAGAGGUCGCGGUGGCAGCGGCGGCAGUGGUAGCGGAUUUAAAGGACGAGAUUCCGGCCGUAGCGGAUUCGGCGAUGAUUUUGAUAGAUACAGCGAUAGAGCCUCACACGGAGGUAGUAGGCAAGGUAACGAUAGAUGGGAUUCUAGAAGUAAUAGAGGCAAUUAUGGCCAAUUCAACGAUGACACAGGUGGAAAUCGUGAUUGGUCACGAAGUACGUCUAGCAGAGCGUACGUUAAUAAACCUCCACUUCGGGGAACUGGUUCAGACCGAAAACCUUUUCAAGAUGACCUUUAUCAGAAGGAUGCACCUCCUCCAGACACUACUGGAAGAAAACGUUUGGAGCUCAAACCAAGAACUAUUAAAGAGCCUGUGAAUGCAAUUGCAGAAUCGAGUAAAACAAGUUCCAUUUACGGAGGUGCAAAGCCUCGAGAAGAAAAAUUGAAAACGCAGGACAAGUAAAACUAACGAUAUCAUCAAUAGUCUCUAAUUUCUCCGAGGAAAUUGGGGAGAAAAACAUUGUUGACAAAAUUUUAAAAUCGAUCCACGAUUCUCUCAUAGUUUCCUAAUAAAAAUCUAGUUAUUCUUCGAACAUUUAUGAUCAGGAUGUCCUUUUUUUAAUUCUUACAAGGGUAUCGCCCGCAAGGAAAAAUAUAUAUAUGUAUACAUGUAUGUAUACAUAUAUAUGCUGCAGACAAAUCUAUUACAGUUCUACCUAAAUUUUUUGCGCAUUUUUAAUCAAGAAUAAACAUCGUUCUUCUAAAAAUCUUUUGUAUUUAAAUUAACUUCUCUCGAUUCUCGAUGAAAAUAGAAUACUUGUAACUACAGUAUACAUAAAGAGAAAAAAGUGUAUGCACAAUGCAUGCUCCAAUAGCGGAUAGCGAUUUAUAUACAUAAAUGAUGAUUGUUAAGAUGCUACGCAGUUGAGUACAUUUUAAUACUCGUGUCAAUUUAAUGUUGAGUUUCGUGUCUGUAAUAAUACUUGAGGGUAUAUGUACAAAACUAUCACAAAAUAUAAAAAUGUCACAGCAUGUAUAUUUCAUCUUACGCUAGUAUUUCUUAAUCUGUACUCAAGGGCUAAGUCCGGGGUUUAAAGAAGUACAAAGGAAAGUGGCGACUACAACUAGGUUUCGUUUCCUUCCAUAGAAUUUUUAUGUUUCACCGUACAACGCUGAUCAUUGUGUAUCAACCGUUCGUUACGAUAAUAGCAUAUAAUUGUUUGAUAUUACUGAACGAUUAUUCUUUUUUUUUCUUUCCAAUCAACACCCGAUUGAUGAAGGAUUGCGAAGUAUAACAUGCGAGUGAUUCAAACAAAUUUCUACAUUGCGGGAAGCGAUACAAAGGAGGAAUGCGCCGAUUAUUAUACAUUUAAUAAUUAUGUAAUGAUUAACCAAUGCUAACAAUGACGUUGAGAAAUUACGAGAAACGUCGUGAGAAUAGCGAAUAAUUAAAAAAGGAAAAAACGAAAACUCGAAAUAAUAAUAAAUAUUAUGUAAAACAAUGCUUGUAUAUGAUACCAUUUCCUGAAUAAAGUAGCUGUUUGCCUCGUA